AUGGCGCAGACCGGUCAAAACCUCUUCUACAUUUGCAGGAGCUGUCGACGACAUAUCUCCAGUUCGAGCUGGGCGCAAUCGGCGCGGUCAUUCAGCACCACACGCUCGAGAUCAAAAGCAAUACCAGCUUUCAGUCCAACGUCCAAUCCCGAAUUCGACGACCUCCUCCUGACAUGGCGCCAAAAAGUCUUCAUGCCGGCUGCGCUGGAAAACCACCAUCGCGAUCUCAUAUACAAGGCAUCGCGGCAUCCAACCCUCACCAACGAACCUGGAGUUACGGUAACAAUGGACGAUGAUGAAGAGAUCAAGCUGGAGCCAAUGCACUUUUAUGACAAGCCGAACGUGCACAAAAGCAUCCUCAAGUUGGUGAAACUUCUUGAGGGAAACCACAACGACACAGAUUGGUAUAAUCUGCCUCCGUUCCUCCAUGGGUUGGUCAUGGCGAAGAUCAAUCUUCCGUCUAAUUUUUACGAGAAAAUCACCCGCAAAGCCUGUGAAGUGGGCAAAGAACGAAUCAUCCUACGGUGUGCAGAAAAACCGGCUGAAACGGGCGUCAAGCUGUCGCGGCAAGGAGUGGCUCGGGAGUUGAUGCUAGGCUUCCAUAACCGUGCAGUUUCGGCAAAAUUCCAGGGCGGCGAACUUGAGGCAGCUUCGCGUCGAGCCGAGUAUGUUGCACGAAUGUUGGAAGAUGAAGUGCAUGGGGGCGGCAAGUUAACGAAAGGCGAGGUGGACGCGAGAAAAGAUCCUGUCGUUCUGGCGGUAUUGCUGGAGUUAGCUGCUGCAAAAGCGGUAUACGCCCAUGGCAGCCAGGACCAGGAGGGAAAAGUCGCUAACUAUGCGACCAAGCUGCUUCACCUGGACAGCAAGAGUUUACAUUCCCAACUCGAGCAACAGACAGAGGCCGAGCAGAACUACGCUUUAGUCGCACUGUUGCCGAUCAAGAACUCGAUGGAAUGGGCGCUGAAGAUUGAAUCUGUCAAGAAUGCUGAAAUAGGGAAGCAAUUGCAGGCUGAACUGAGUAGCUUGUCCAUGGCAGUGAAGAGCACUGUGCAAAGCAUUCGGGAGAAGGUUGGAGACAAGCCAAGAAGAAGUUUGAUCAUGUAUGAUCAACUUGGCGAGUAG